AUGGGAGAAGGAAGAUAUAGAAGAGGAACUUUUUUAGGUUUGUUCUUAUCUGUGAUUACUGUUGCUAUAGUUCUCUUUUAUAUAUUUUACAUAUUUAAUUAGUAUUUCUGUAAUUUAAUUGAUCCAAAAUUUAGAUCAUAGAGUUUCAUCACUAGCGAUAGGAAAGAAGUACCUUUAAGCUAAGAUCUUAUAGGGUUUUAAUACUUUUACAAUUUGUCUAUGACGAUAGAUGAAUAUCAGGCCUCAUAGAAUAAAACCUAUGUCUUGUAUUAUCCUUAAUUAUAUUACUAAGACUUGAAAAAUAACAUUUACUAAACCAUCGAUCUUGAUGUUGUUAAAUGUACUGACCCUUCACUAAAAGGAUUUAAUUGCAUAGACUUUUCCAAAGUAAGCAAUUACACUUUUUUACUUGAUAACAGUAAUGACAAUUAAAUAUAUUCUGCAAUUUACAUAAAUAUGUAUGGAUGUUUAGAUUUAGAUUCUGUAAAAACAACAAAACCAGACAACUGUGCUUCUUAAACUGAAAUUGAUAAUGCUAUUAAUAAUUUAGGUUCUUAUUAUUAUCUAAAACUUAAAACAUAACAAUACAACACUACUUCUAAAUAGAUUCAAACUAAUUAUAGAAGUUUAUUAUUUCAGAAUGAGCUUAAUUUUUAAUCACCUAUUCAAUAUAAUUAAAUGAGCUAAAGUUUUGACAGAUAAUAUUGUUUAAACUCGGGAUUUGGCCCAUACAGUUAAGCGAUGAUACUUAUGGAUGAAAUUGUAUAGUAAUUCUAAAUUUAGUAUCCUACAUUUACAGAAAUUCUGGCAUUAAUAAAUGGAGUUGCUGCAUUAGUUAUGAUUGCAAGAUUUAUUGGUAGGUUUUAUUCACAAAAACUUAUUAGAUAAGACUUCUUUAUGCUUUUACUACAAAAUAUCUACUAAGAUAAAUACGAAAAAAUACUUGAGCAUAAUAAUCUAAUUGAAAAAAAGGAAGAUAUUUCAUAAUAAAUAUUAAAUUUAAAGCAAUCAAUUAACGACAUCUCAGAAUAUUAGAAUAAAAGUGAAAUAUUGGUUCCUACAUUCCCAGCUAAAUUUAGAGAUUCUACAGAAAAAAGUAAAUUUUCUAAUUAGAACAGUUAAAAUAAUAAUAGCAACAAUAAUUGUAAUGAUGUUUCGCCCUUUGCCAAAUAGAGAGCAACUAAGAAAGUUUUAUGA